AUGGUGGCAGCUAAGCUAAGUUUCAUUCUUUUCGCUUAUUUUGCUGUACUAAUCCCAGGCCUCCAGGCCAAUAUUGCUGAAUACGACGAGUUUUGGCUGCAACGAGCCGAGGAAGCAAGGAAGGAUGCCCUCGAGGCCUAUCACCCAAACCCAGAAGAAAUCACUGAGCAAUUCAACACCCAUGUUAAUGAGGUCUUCGAGGUGACCAACAGCACAAGGAGGAGUCUAGGUCAAAAGAAAUACACAGGUCCAUGCAGGGCCACAAACCCAAUUGACCGGUGCUGGAGAUGCAAGAAAAAUUGGGCUACAAACCGCAAGGGUUUGGUUAAAUGCGUCCUAGGGUUCGGACGCAAGACCACUGGAGGAAAGCGGGGAAAAUACUACAUUGUCACGGAUUCCUCUGACAACAACGCGAUGGCACCAAAGCCGGGAACUCUACGUCACGCCGUGAUCCAGAAGAAGCCCUUGUGGAUCAUAUUUGCACACAGCAUGGUGAUCAAGUUGUCCCAGGAGUUGAUUGUGAACUCACACAAGACCAUUGAUGCACGCGGGGCUAAUGUUCACAUUGCCUAUGGUGCUGGAAUUACCAUUCAGUUUGUUAAGAACGUGAUCAUCCAUGGGCUUCACAUACAUGAUAUUGUUUCGGCACCAGGUGGCACGGUUAGGGACUCUGUGGACCAUGUGGGGUUUAGGACAGCGAGUGAUGGAGAUGGAAUUUCUAUCUUUGGAUCCACAAAUAUUUGGCUUGAUCAUCUUUCUAUGUCCAAUUGCCAAGAUGGUCUUAUUGAUGCCAUUCAAGGAUCCACUGCCAUCACCAUUUCAAACUCCCACUUCACCCAUCACAACGAUGUAAUGUUGUUUGGUGCAAGUGACACCUUUGAAGGUGAUAAAAAAAUGCAAGUCACAGUGGCGUUCAAUCAUUUUGGAAGGGGAUUGGUGCAGAGAAUGCCAAGGUGCAGAUGGGGUUUCUUCCAUGUUGUUAACAACGACUACACUCACUGGCUUAUGUAUGCCAUUGGAGGUAGCCAACACCCUACCAUUAUAAGCCAGGGCAACCGCUUCAUUGCUCCACCUAACGUUGCUGCAAAGGAGGUGACAAAGAGGGACUAUGCCACGCAGGAUGUAUGGAAGAACUGGACAUGGAGGUCAGAAGGAGAUAUUAUGAUGAAUGGAGCAUUCUUUGUUCAAUCUGGAAACCCUAGCAAGAAGAGACCAUACAGCAAGAAAGACAUGAUCAAGGCGAAGCCAGGGACAUUUGUCACUAGACUCACUCGCUUUUCAGGUUCACUAAACUGCAAAGUUGGAAGACCAUGUUAGAAUACAACUAUCUCAUUAUUAUAAAUGGGGGGUAAAUUUUUACAUGAUGACUUGCAAAAGAAUAAGUGAGAAAAUUUCAUGUAUGUGUUUGAUUCUUUGGCUCGAUGGGUAAGGAGAGAAAAAUGGAGAU